CGGGGACGGGGUCCGGGCGCGCCAGCCCCGCCCCGCCAGCCAGCCCCGCCCCCACUCGGCCCCGCAGCGCGGCGGGAGCGGCGGUCGCGCAGCCUUUGUCUCUCCCGGCCGAGCGCAGCACUACCAAGUAUGAUCAGGCUUGAAACUGGGUGCAUCUGAAGUGACAAUGAGCCUGUGAUGGAUGAAACUGCCCAUCUGGACUACAGCCCUGAGCACAGACACUUCUGGCUGUCUAGUGCCCAGGACCCAAAGUGGCCUGUGGGGGGGUGUGCAGACCAGACCCCAGAUCCCCAGCCCCUGGACACUCUAGGAGCCUUUUCCGGGUCUGGGUAGACUCCCUGCUUCUGUCCAAAAUGGCCUGUAAUGGUACAGCUCCCAACAACUAUGAGUCCCUACUGCUGAAUGGCAGCAACAUGUCGGAUUAUGGGGUGGCCACCGCCUCGGCCCCCCUGAGGAUCUCCUUGGCGGUGGCCAUGCUGUUGAUGAUGGUGGUGGGGCUCCUGGGCAAUGCCGUGGUGUGCAUCAUCGUGUACCAGAGGCCGGCCAUGCGCUCGGCCAUCAAUCUGCUGCUGGCCACGCUGGCCUUCUCAGACAUCAUGCUAUCCCUGUGCUGCCUGCCCUUCACUGCCGUCACCCUGCUCACCGUCCAGUGGCGCUUUGGGGACCGCUUCUGCCGGCUGUCGGCCACCCUGUAUUGGUUCUUCGUGCUGGAGGGAGUGGCCGUGCUGCUCAUCAUCAGCGUGGACCGCUUCCUCAUCAUCGUGCAGCGCCAGGACAAGCUGAACCCGCGCAGGGCCAAGGCCAUCAUCGCGGUAUCCUGGGCUCUGUCUUUCUGUCUGUCCGCCCCGUCGCUGGCCGGCUGGACGCUGGUGGAGGUGCCCGCACGGGCGCCUCAGUGCGUGCUGGGCUACUCAGAGUCCCAGGCGGGCCGCGCCUACGUGUUGACGCUGGCGGUGGCUGUGUUCUUCGUGCCCUUCGGGGUCAUGCUCUACGCCUACCUGUGCAUCCUGCAUACGGUGCGCAGGAACGCGGUGCGCGUGCACAACCAGUCCGACACUCUGGACCUGCGGCGCCUGCCCCGGUCGGGCUUGCGGCGGCUGCAGCGCCAGCAACUGGCCAGCCUGGACCUGAGCUUCAAGACCAAGGCCUUCACCACCAUCCUCAUCCUCUUCGUGGGCUUCUCUCUCUGCUGGCUGCCGCACACCAUCUACAGCCUCCUGUCGGUCUUCAGCCAGAGCUUCUACUGCAGCGCCUCCUUCUACACCGCCAGCUCCUGUGUUCUGUGGCUCAGCUACCUCAAGUCCGUCUUCAACCCCAUCGUCUACUGUUGGAGGAUCAAGAAGUUCCGCGAGGCCUGCUUCGAGCUGCUGCCUCCCACCUUCCAGAUCCUCCCCAAAGUGCCUGAGCGCAUCCGGAGGAGAAUCCAGCCUGGCACCAUCUAUGUUUGUAGUGAGAACCAGUCUUCUGUGUAG